AUGUUGAAUGUAACUUUCACAUUAGAAGCAUACAAGAGAAUACAUAACCAAAGAUUCAUUUUUGCUGCUAUUUUGACUUUAUUGUACCCUGUCAUUAUAUUUGCUAACCUUUUAAUAAUUUAUGUAAUAAGUAUGGAGAGAUCUUUACAUAAACCUAUGUAUAUACUUAUUUGUAAUUUAGCAUGUAUUAACUUGUAUGGUGGUUCUAGUCUGGCACCUUUUGUUGUAGCAAAUAUUAUCACAGGAACAUUUCAGAUAUCCUGGAUUGGCUGUUUAGUCCAAAUAUUUUCUUUUAAUACCUAUGGAGGAUGUGAAAUCAUGAAUUUAAUGAUGAUGGCUUAUGAUCGAUACAUUUCCAUAUGCUUCCCUCUAACCUAUGGGAAAUUAAUGUCCCCUUUAAAUGUCAUGAUAUGCAUAAUUUUAAUUUGGUUAAUUCCAUUUAGUCGAGCUGCCAUUACCCUCUCAAUCACUGCAAGUCUACAAAUAUGUGGGAAUGUAAUUGAAAAGAUUUAUUGUGACAACUACUCUGUUGUGAAACUGGCAUGUUCAGACACUACAAGCAACAACAUAUAUAGUACAAUUGUGACAUUUUAUUCUGUGUUACUGCCAUUUUUUAUCAUCAUUUAUUCGUAUAUACGAAUCAUUUUCAUAUGUCUUCAGCUGACAAGAAAAGGGCGAACAAAAUUAAUGAAUACAUGCAUGCCACACAUUGUAUCAAUAACCAGCUUUUUUAUUGGAUGUGCAUUUGAAUUGUUUCAGAGUAGAUUUGACUUGACUCACGUUCCAUACACAGUCAGAGUCAUACUGUCUCUCUAUUUCUUAAUACUUUCUCCCAUAUUAAAUCCAGUGAUUUAUGGAGCCAAGACAGAAAAGAUAAACGAAACAAUAAAGACAAAAAUAUCAAAUCACCUGUUGGAUAUAUGCUCUGAGUAUGGGGUGGAGUUUGAUGUACAAAACGUCUUGCUUGGGCUGAGGAGAAAAAUAACUGGACUUUUUGUUUACACCCAGUCUAUGACAAAGGUCGGCGAAUACUCUGACUGGGAGUGGACCGACUAUGUCCACCCCGACUCUUUCCAUGGGUGCGCCGACUGGAAACUGUUGGAGCUGUGCAUGGGACUGUUCACAGGGGCCCUUCUUUGCCGUGCAGCUGUCACACCUCCUGCAGAAGUCCUCUACGUCCCUCCUGGACUGCCCCCAGUAGAAGCUCUGACAUAA